UGUGUUUGCGUCAUCGCGCCACGCCACCACUAGACCCCGGUGAAGAUGGCUGCAGCCGUUCUUAGUGGGCCCUCUGCGGGCUCCGCGGCUGGGGCUUCUGGAGGGACCGGGGGUCUUUCGGCGCUGGGCUCAGGCCCGCGUCUCCGAAUGCUGCUGCUGGAGAGCGUGUCCGGGUUGCUGCAGCCGCGAACGGGGUCCACCGUUCCUCCCGUGCAUCCCCCAGUCCGCUCGGCCCCUCAUUUGCCCGGGCUCAUGCGCUUGUUGAGGCUGCAUGGGACGGUGGGCGGGGCCCAGAACCUUUCAGCUGUUGCGGCUUUGGUGGGUCUCAGUAAUGCACGUCUCGGUUCUAUCAAAACUCGGUUUGAGGGCCUCUGUCUGCUGUCUUUGCUGGUGGGGGAGAGCUCUACAGAGAUGUUCCAGCAGCACUGCGUCUCGUGGCUUCGGAGCAUUCAGCAGGUCUUGCAGUCCCAGGACCCACCCCCGACAAUGGAGUUGGCUGUGGCUGUUCUGAGGGACCUGCUCCGGUACGCAGCCCAACUUCCUACACUCUUCCGGGACAUCUCCAUGAACCACCUCCCUGGCCUUCUCACCUCCCUGCUGGGCCUCAGACCAGAGUGUGAGCUCUCAGCACUGGAGGGAAUGAAGGCGUGUAUGACCUAUUUUCCUCGGGCUUGUGGGUCUCUCAAAGGCAAACUGGCCUCAUUUUUCCUGUCUCGGGUGGAUGCCUUGAGCCCGCAGCUCCAGCAGUUGGCGUGUGAGUGUUAUUCCCGGCUGCCCUCUCUAGGGGCUGGCUUUUCCCAGGGCUUGAAGCACACGGAAAGCUGGGAACAGGAGCUACACAGCCUGCUGGCCUCACUGCACAGUCUGCUGGGUGCUCUCUACGAGGGAGCAGAACCAGCUCCUAUGCAGUAUGAAGGCCCUGGAGUGGAGAUGCUGUUUUCCCCCUCCGAGGACGGUGAUGCCCAUAACCUCCUCCGGCUUCGGCAGAGGUUUUCUGGGCUGGCCUGCUGCCUGGGGCUCCUGCUCAGGUCUGAGUUUGGGGCCCCCGUGUCCAUCCCUGUGCAGGAAAUCCUGGAUGUCGUCUGCCGGACCCUCAGCAUCAGUGCCAAGAAUAUUAGCUUGCUUGGAGAUGGUCCCUUGCGGUUGCUGCUGCUGCCCUCUAUCCACCUUGAAGCCUUGGACCUGCUCUCCGCGCUCAUCCUUGCGUGUGGAGGUCGGCUCUUGCGCUUUGGGUCCCUGAUCAGCCGCCUGCUUCCCCAGGUCCUCAAUGCCUGGAGCAUUGGUAGAGAUACUCUUUCUCUGGGCCAGGAGAAGCCUUACAGCGCCAUGCGGACCAAGGUGUACGCUGUGUUAGAGCUGUGGGUGCAGGUGUGUGGCGCCUCGGCAGGAGUGCUUCAGGGAGGAGCCUCGGGAGAGGCCCUACUUACCCACCUUCUCAGUGACAUUUCCCCGCCAGCUGAUGCCUUGAAGCUGCGCAGUCCCCGGGGGAGCCCUGAUGGAGGCUUGCAGACAGGGAAGCCCAGCGCCCCCAAGAAGCUAAAGCUGGACAUGGGGGAGGCUGUGGCCCCUCCCAGCCACCGGAAAGGGGACAGCAACGCCAACAGCGAUGUGUGUGCAGCUGCACUGAGAGGCCUCAGCAGGACCAUCCUCAUGUGCGGGCCUCUCAUCAAGGAGGAGACUCACAGGAGACUGCAUGAUCUGGUCCUUCCCCUGGUCAUGAGUGUCCAGCAGGGCGAGGUUCUAGGCAGCUCCCCAUAUACCAGCUCCUACUGCCGCCGCGAACUUUACCGCCUGCUGCUGGCUCUGCUGCUGGCACCUUCUCCUCGCUACCCACCUCCUCUUGCCUGUGCCCUGCAAGCCUUCUCCCUUGGCCAGAGAGAAGACAACCUGGAGGUCUCCUCUUUCUGCUCAGAAGCACUGGUGACCUGCGCUGCUCUGACCCACCCUCGGGUUCCUCCUCUGCAGUCCAUGGGCCCCGCCUGCCCCGCACCUGCUCCAGUUCCUCCUCCUGAGGCCCCAUCUCCAUUCAGGGCCCCACCCUUCCAUCCCCCGGGCCCCAUGCCUUCAGCUGGCCCCGUGCCCUCGGUGGGGCCCAUGCCCCCAGUAGGGCCAAUGCCCCCAGCACGCCCUGGACCUCCAGCCACAGCCAACCACUUAGGUCUCUCUGUCCCAGGCCUGGCAUCUGUACCCCCCAGGCUCCUUCCUGGCCCUGAGAACCACCGGGCAGGCUCAAAUGAGGACCCUAUCCUUGCCCCUAGUGGCACUCCUCCACCUACUAUACCCGCCGAUGAAACCUUUGGGGGGAGAGUGCCCAGGCCAGCCUUUGUCCACUAUGACAAGGAGGAAGCGUCUGAUGUAGAGAUCUCCUUGGAAAGCGAUUCUGAUGACAGCGUGGUGAUCGUGCCUGAGGGGCUGCCGCCCCUUCCGCUUCCACCCCCGGCAGGCACCACCCCACCCCCUGUUGCCCCAGCUGGGCCACCAACAGCCUCCCCGCCUCUACCUGCCAAGGAGGAGCCUGAAGAGCUUCCAGCAGCCCCGGGGCCUCUUCCUCCACCCCCACCCCCUCUUCCGGGCCCCGUGACACUCCAGCCACCCCAGUUGGUCCCUGAAGGAACUCCUGGUGGGGGAGCACCCCCAGCCCUGGAAGAAGAUUUGACAGUUAUUAAUAUCAACAGCAGUGAUGAGGAAGAGGAAGAGGAUGAAGAGGAGGAGGAGGAGGAAGAGGAGGAGGAAGAGGAAGAUUUUGAGGAAGAAGAAGAGGAUGAAGAGGAAUAUUUUGAAGAGGAAGAAGAAGAAGAAGAGUUUGAGGAGGAAUUUGAGGAAGAGGAAGGUGAGUUAGAGGAAGAAGAGGAGGAGGAGGAGGAGGAGGAGGAGGAAGAAGAGUUGGAAGAGGUGGAAGAGUUGGAGUUUGCCCCAGCAGGAGGGGAAGUAGAAGAAGGAGGACCUCCGCCCACCAGCCUGCCUCCAGCUCUGCCCCCGACUGAGUCCCCCAAGGUGCAGCCGGAGCCGGAGCCGGAGCCGGAGCCUGGGCUGCUGUUAGAAGUGGAGGAGCCAGGGGCCGUUGGGGAGCCUGGCACCGAGACCGCACCCACACUGGCCCCUGAGGUGCUGCCCUCUCAGGAGGAGAUGGAGAGAGAAGGAGGGAGCCCCCCAGCAGGGCCGCCGCCUCAGGAGCUUGUUGAAGAGGAGCCUUGUGCUCCCCCAACGCUGCUGGAAGAGGGGACUGAGGGUGGGGGUGACGAGGUCCCACCCCCACCAGAGACAGUUGCAGCAGAAGAAAUGGAGCCCGAACCAGAGCCAGAGACCCCUGCUCUCCAGGAAAAGGAGCAGGAUGACACAGCUGCCAUGCUGGCUGACUUCAUUGAUUGUCCUCCUGAUGAUGAGAAGCCACCACCUGUCACAGAGCCUGACUCCUAGUCCUCUCCUACGCCCCCCCCCUCGUUCCCAAUAAAGUUGUGUACUUGGAUAUCGACUGCUGCUUCUGCCUUUGCUGCAACUGUGCCACCAGCCAGAAGCCCCACUGUCUGCGGGCUUUUCAAGGUAUCCAGAAUAUUCCUGAAGUGUCUCCAUAGCUGUUCUGUUGUUUCCACUGUCCAGAGGAGGAACCAUCCACUUAAAGAGAGUUUAGUCAUUGAAUUCUGUGAAAUUUGAGCCUUGGGUGUACCAGAUUUAAGGGGUGUCCAUAGUGGAUAUGGGGAAUGGGCUCUGUUCUGGGGCUGGUCCUUCUAGUGACAACAUCCUGGCCCCGCACCUCUCCCCUGCCUCCCCCAGCACCCUCCUGGCAAGAAUUUGACAAGCUCACCCCAGGCCUUCCUACCCAUUCUUGAGAUUUGGACAUUUCCCAGCCAGUGUGUGACCCUUUAAACAGUUUUGUUCAUUCCAGGCCUUGCUGGGAUGCAUGUGUGAGCAUGAACCUAGAGGUGUGUACAUGAGAGGGUAUCGAAAUCUGUGGGCUUGAGGUGAAUAAUGCUCCUGAUUUUUUCAGUCUGUUGACGGAUGAACAUAAGUAAAGGACCUUGGAACUGCAGCAAAGGGAGUGGCUUCCCAAUUGAGUGUACUGAAGGGCCUCUGAGGAGUGACAUUGGAGCUAAUUUUGGGAAACUUAGAGGUUUUAAAAAAUUUUCCCCAACUGGUUAUUUAAAAAAAUUUCCAACAUGCAGAAAAAUUGGAAGAAUAGUGCAGUAUAAUACAUUUGCCUAGAUUCAUUGGUUGUUAACAUUUUUCAUGUUAGCUUUUAUCUCUAUUUGUCCGUAUAUCUACAUAUAGACAUGUAUUUAUAUGUACAUAAAUCGUCUGUAAUCAAUACGUAUUUAUAUGUGCACACAUUUCCUUUUUUGUGGGACCAUGUAAAAAGUGACUUGCACCUCUCCCUUCUUCAACAUUGUCUCCUAUGGUUAAAGACAUUUUUCUACUUAAUCACAAUACCACCACUGGACCUAAGCAAAGUCAUAGUAAUAAAAUAAUAUUGUAUGUAC